AUGGAGAUCCAUUCAGUGCUGCCCGAGGAACGCGCGAGAGAUCCUAAGGGCGAACCUCUGCCGUGGGGAUACCGCUACGCAGACUCUGCCCGUAACACGCGACAACCCGAGGAAAGCGGACCAUUCGGCCGCAACCGCAGUGUACGGACGACGGGAUCACGAACGCCUCGAGCCAGAACAGGGACGACACCGGUGCGGCAGAAGGAGAACUCUGCGGUAGCCGACUUUGGACGACUCUUCGCCAAAGAACAAGCCAAAGAGGAGGAACAGCAACAACAGAGGACGACAAUCAAGGCCGGUGGCGGCGACAGCACAUCAACUGACAACAACACAGCAACAGCACGACCACCACCGCCGCCGAUCGAUUUGCCAGAAGCAGUGCCCACGGAAUGUUUAAUAUAUGGCUACGCAUCCAAAGCGACGGAAUGGAAAGUGUUGGCGAAAUUCGAACAGAUCGUGGCUCCGGGUUUCAUCUGCGAAGACUACCCGCGCGAAGACCCGAACCUGUACCUCAUGACGUCUCACUCGCCGCGGUCUUCGUUGCCAGCGACACAAAGAAACCUGAGCCGCGAAGCCAUUCGCAAAAGCAGAAUCUACAAUGGCGGCCAGCACUGGAUCAAAGUGACAUUCGACUCGUUUCAAGCGGCCGAGACGGCGUGUUUCUACAGCCCCCUGGAGAUCGACGGGUGUCUCGUCCACUGCGAAAUGUGGCAUGGUCGAGGUCCGGGGGCUGAUGUCGCUAUACCCAAAGGUCCUCUACCGCUCGAAAAUACGCAGCAGCAGGAGGGAAGUCGAAAAGCAAGGACGAUGAGUGCCGCUACUGGUGCUGGUAGCGGUAAGGAUUCGGCCGUCGCCGGGUUCGAGCGUGUUUUACAUACCCUGCCUCGCUCACACACCAUGCCGGACGUCCAGUAUGGUCAGCCUUCAGGCAAUGACGAGGAGUUGUCUACUUUAUCCUCGACUACUGCGUCGUCGGCUACCGCCACAGGUACAGCCACAGAUCUACUCACUCCUUCGUCUUCUUCUGCGCUGCGGUCCCGAUCUGCGCCUCAGAUACCCCGGUCGAGCCAGAACCAGAGCCAGCUAGGCAUGACCCAACAACAACAGCAACAAGAAUCUCAAUACAUGACUCACAUCAAGGUCAAAAAGGCCGUCUUGCGCCCCGUCUCCGAGGCCCUACCUCCCCAACCAACGCUGACGGAACGCGUGCUCAGAAGCGUUCCCGUCGUGUCGUGGUUCAUGGGAUCUUCUAGUACUGCCGUCGCAGCGAACAAACAAGGACGACCGGCCGACAUUAUCGGUGAAGGACCCCUGCUCAAGGACGAUGGGUCCUGGGACCCAGCUAAUGGCUGGUACUGGACCUUCUGGCACUCGGUGGAUAAUUGGCUCGGCACGGAUUUCUGUGGUCUCAAGGAUGAUUAA